UAUGUGUUGCUGACAGCUAAUAAGACAAAGAUAAGGCUACAGAAGCCCAGUCCACUAGCCUGGAACUCAGGAUUUCCAGAGAGUGUAUCUUUCACCUUGUCUGGUCUCCCUCAACCUUAUCCCUGCCAAAUGGGCAACCGCCUUUGGCUUAAAGAGUCCCAGCGGUGGAGGACGUGGCAUUGUCUCCGCAGAGUCCUAGGUAAUCUGCUGUCAGUCAGGUAGAGCAUGUCCUGAGUGCCCUCUAAUCAGUUUUUCAAGUUCCUCUCAAAUCUUUCCUUUACCAGAAAGCCUUCUUUGAUCUUUCCAGUUAGAAUUCAUCUCCGUCUCUUGGAAAUGCUUAUGGAACUUAACUUGUAUGACUUUACUGGCACGAAUGUCAUAGUGCCUGUGCUUUGCCGUUACCCUGAGCGAAGGAAAGUAAUGUCACAGGAGCCUUUGCAGGGUAAUCCCCAGUGAGGCUCCAACUAGAGGAAAGUGGUCCCAGAGAGCUACCGUGUGGGCUGGAGCUUCCUCCUGGAUAGAGAGGUUCUAUUCCCAAACUUUGCUACCGUGCUAUUAGCAACGUUUCAGAUGAAAGAAUAAUUUAGGCUUUGUAGACAGCACGGUUUUCGCUGUAACUAUUCAUUUCUGCCGUGGCAGUGUGAAAGUAGCCAUCAGAAAUACAUACAUGACUGUGUUGUGUUCUGGUAAAACUUUAUUUGUAAAAACAGGCAGUGUGCUGGACUGGCUGGGCCAUUGUUUGCCAACCUGUGUCUGGUGGAGGAAGCCUGGGUUGUGGGGCAGGAGAUUGAACCUUCAGAUGGGAUCCGUGUUCAGUUACAUUACUUGGGCAGCCCUUGUUCUGGCAGUGCCUCAGUUUCCUAAUACGUACGUUGGGUUAACAGCUUUUGACACUCAGGGAGGCCCCGAGUUUUCCACUGGGUCUCCUGUGCCUGCUGAAUCUGGGUCUCCCCAUCACUGGAGUCCAAAUCCACCAUCUCCUCCCAGCCUCCACUCUCCCAUCCUGGCUUGCUUGGAUCCCUGGUGCAGCUCCUGGCUCCCCAAACCCCAACCACAGUCCAUUCUUUACCCUCAGCCAGAGAGCAAGCUUACCUCUGUAAACAGAAGCUCCCGUCCCUUUCUAAAACCUUCCAGGAGCUCACACAGUUCAAACUUUGUCUCAUUUGCACCUGCUCACAUGUCAAGCCCAUUUUGUUCCCAUCCCCACACCUAGCUCACUUCUGCCAUGUUGGGUUCCUGUACAUCCAGCACCUUCUUCUCCCAGGAUCUUUGCACAAGGACUGCUCUUCCCAGUGACUGUCGCGUGGAUGGCUGCAGUCUCUCGUCCUCAGAGAGGCCCUCCUUGAAUCAGCCAUUGGACAUACCUCUUCCCUUGUAACUUCGCACUGUCUGGAAUUCCCACACUAAUGAACGUGCUUGUGUAUCUCUGCUUCGGUAGCAGCAUGAGGGCAGGGACCUUGCUUAUCUGCUUAUUUACCAUCAUACAGCGAGGUCACAUAGUAAUGUGACUGUAUGCUGAAUGAAGGAACGAACAAAUAAAUGCAUGCAUGCCUGUGUCCCCGCACACCUGUGCAGGUAGCUUACCUGUGGCCGCCAUCCCCCUGCAUCUCAUUUGGACACCUUUCUAUUCUUGGUGCUGGGAGAAUGUGUAUACUUGAUCUUCAAGGAUCUGCAUUCUUAUAGCAGGGAAAGAAAGACUUCCUUCUCUGUCUUCUGGUGAGAUCAGAGAGCAUCAAAUGUUAGCUCCCAUGGGCAACAGCAAAGGCCCGUGGGUGAGGGCCUUGGGGGACGCCUUCUCACUGUUCUCUUAGGUCUUUCCUGUGGUCCGUCCACAUGGCUUCCUCUGUGGGAUCUCUGGGUGAGAAUCCCUUUCACUCCCUCUUUCAGACAGUAUUUUAGCAAAUGAAAAGACUUCUCUGGGACUACAUUUUGCCCCCUCAUUUGUUCUUGGGAAUGUGGACCCCUGCUUAUUUCUUCAGGGGAGGUGUCUGUGGAGGUGAGAUUGGAUGUCCCUGAAGGACAAGCCCUUCAGGAGAAGGGCUGACAGCUAGUGCCUUAGUCUUUCCAUGGGCCCCUGCUCGCAUGAAGGGGACAGAUGGAUUCUUCCAGGUUGCAUCGUGUCCCCCAAAACAUUGUGUUAGAGUCCUCAGCCCUCAGGAAUGACCAUUUUUAGAAAUAGGAUAAUGGUAGCUGUGGCUAGUUAAGAUGAGGUCAUGCUGAAGUGCACUGGGCCCUUAAUCCUGUGUGACUGAUUGGGGUCCUUAUAAGGCGAAGAAAAGAGGAACGAAGCAGGAAGCCAGCCUGCAGAGAUGGAGGCAGAGAUUGGAGCUGUAGCCUUGGAACAAACACCUGGGGCUGCCAGAGGCAGGGGUGAUUGUCUUAAUCUCUUCCUGCUACUUCCAUUCCUUUUUAAUUCAUGGGAAAGAUCCUCUCUUCCUAUGGAGGAUUAGCAUGUUAUACUGCAUGUAUGUGUUCUUUAAGUAAAGCCCUUCUCCUGAUUAAGAGAUCAACUUUUUUUUAAGCAUCUAUUAACCUUGAAUACAAAUGAAUAAACACGUGGCACAGGUUGGUUUUACUGUUUUCCAUUGCCUCUUAUUUUGUUCUGAAUUCCAGCUACGUUGACUUCAAUAAUGUGCUGUUUCAUUCUGCGUCCCAGCUAAAUUGACUUGGGGGAUUGCUGCACAAUAGGGAAGAAAGAAAGAAAGAAAGAGAAAGAGAGAAAGCGAAAAAGCGAGCCACUGCCUUCAGGAGAGGGAGGAGUUAGCUCUGUGGAAGGCAGCCAGCCCAGUGCUGUAGAUGCCAGGGUGGGGAACUCACAGUAGAGAGGUCAGAAAGGACUUCUGCAGGCUUCUGAUUGAAAGCUGGUCCCAAGGAAGGGGCUCGCACAGUCGGCAGAAGAAGGCUUCUUUCGUGGGAGAUGGGCAGAAGCUGAAGGACUGGCAUGAUAAGGAGGCCAUCAGGAGGGAUGCCCAGCGCGUGGGAAACGGAGAACAGGGAAGACCUUACCCCAUGACGGAAGGAGAGAGAGUGGACCAGGCAUACCGAGAAAAUGGAUUUAACAUCUACGUCAGUGAUAAAAUCUCCCUGAAUCGCUCUCUCCCUGACAUCCGGCACCCAAACUGCAACAGCAAACGCUACCUGGAGGUCCUGCCCAACACCAGCAUCAUCAUCCCCUUCCACAACGAGGGCUGGUCCUCCCUGCUUCGCACUGUCCACAGCGUGCUGAACCGCUCACCCCCAGAGCUGGUGGCAGAGAUUGUGCUGGUCGACGACUUCAGCGAUCGAGAGCACCUGAAGAAGCCACUUGAAGACUACAUGGCCCUUUUCCCCAGUGUGAGGAUCCUCCGAACCAAGAGACGUGAAGGCCUGAUAAGGACUCGAAUGCUGGGGGCCUCGGCAGCUACUGGGGACGUCAUCACAUUCCUGGACUCGCACUGUGAGGCCAAUGUCAACUGGCUUCCCCCCUUGCUCGACCGAAUCGCCCGCAACCGCAAGACUAUCGUGUGCCCGAUGAUCGACGUGAUUGACCACGAUGACUUCCGGUAUGAGACGCAGGCCGGGGACGCCAUGCGGGGUGCUUUUGACUGGGAGAUGUACUACAAGCGGAUCCCAAUCCCCCCAGAACUGCAAAAAGCGGACCCCAGUGACCCAUUUGAGUCCCCCGUGAUGGCCGGCGGGCUGUUCGCUGUGGACCGGAAGUGGUUCUGGGAGCUGGGCGGGUACGACCCUGGCCUGGAGAUCUGGGGUGGAGAGCAGUAUGAAAUCUCCUUCAAGGUGUGGAUGUGUGGGGGCCGCAUGGAGGACAUUCCCUGCUCCCGAGUGGGCCACAUCUACAGGAAGUACGUGCCCUACAAGGUCCCUGCUGGCGUCAGCCUGGCCCGGAACCUGAAGCGCGUGGCGGAGGUGUGGAUGGAUGAUUACGCCGAGUACAUUUACCAGCGCCGGCCCGAGUACCGCCACCUCUCGGCUGGGGACGUCGUGGCCCAGAAGAAGCUCCGCAGCUCCCUGAACUGCAAGAGCUUCAAGUGGUUCAUGACCAAGAUCGCCUGGGACCUGCCCAAGUUCUACCCGCCAGUGGAGCCGCCUGCCGCAGCCUGGGGCGAGAUCCGCAACGUGGGCACAGGGCUGUGUGCAGACACGAAGCACGGGGCUCUGGGCGCCCCACUGAGGCUGGAGAGCUGCAUCCGGGGCCGCGGAGAGGCUGCCUGGAACAACAUGCAGGUGUUCACCUUCACCUGGAGGGAGGACAUCCGGCCCGGAGACCCGCAGCACACCAAGAAGUUCUGCUUUGACGCCAUCUCGCACACCAGUCCCGUCACCCUGUACGACUGCCACAGCAUGAAGGGCAACCAGCUGUGGAAAUACCGCCAAGACAAGACCUUGUUCCACCCCGUGAGUGGCAGCUGCAUGGACUGCAGUGAAAGUGACCACAGGAUCUUCAUGAACACCUGCAACCCAGCCUCCGUCACCCAGCAGUGGCUCUUCGAACACACCAACUCCACAGUCCUGGAAAAGUUCAACAGGAACUGAUGCUGCGGUGCCCUCGGCGCCGGGUAGGGGGCGCCCACUGCAGCCUUCCCCGCCUGGGGGAGGCCGGGCCUGCGGGUGCCAUGGAGGUGCUAGCCAAAGAGUGGAGCCGAGGAGGCCUGCCGGUUCCUGCAGCCCUGAGCUGGGGGUGCGGGAUCAGCACCCCCAGAAAGCUCUAGUUCCUGCUGCUGUCACGGCAAAGCAGGAAGACCUUUCCAGCUGUGUCACCUUGUCCCUCUGAGCAGCAUAUGGGGGAACGCCGGGGAAGCCCUAGGCCACCCCAAGAUGAUCCCAGCAAAGAGAUGGCUCUCCCAUACUUGGCAAUGCUUAGAGCUAAAGGCAGAAUCUGCCUGCCGAGGAGCAGCAGUUAGCGCCAGUGCUCCACCCACACCAGAGGGAAGGAAACCCUCCUGGGCUUUUUGGUCCUGUCUAAGUGGGGGUAACUGUCACUGCUGCCCAGCUUCAGUCCUCUGUCUCAGUCCCAGGGACUUUGGUCUAAGUCCACACCCAGACCCCUCAGAGUUCAUAACACCACCGGCCACCUGCCAGGUGAGGGUCAGGAGGGGGACCCCCAACCUUCCUCUGCAGCCACGGACACACGGGAUGUCCCUUCUGGCUCUCCAGGUACUUGAAAUGCCCACUCCAGUGUUCCCUAGAGGCAAGGACAGUCCCGCUACCAGCCUUGGGAGCUCAUUCAGUGGCCUUUUGCCCAUGGAAAAGGCCAACGAGCCGACCGAGCCAGACGGGCUGUGUGAAUUCCCCCAUCCAUGCUUCCAUGUCCUCCUCUCUCCGAGGUAGCGCCCUGCCCCAGAGAGGAACAGGGGUGCCGUGAGGUGCUCACCUCCCAGGGGCUGGAGGCCUCCACGAGGGGCUGUAGGCAAGGCCCGAGGCCUCUGGCUCCAUCGUGGUUUAGUUCUCAUAGAACUCUAGUGUUUCUCAAGAACUCUGUGAUUCCAACACAAGCUAGAAUGUUCCAUGGGGUUCUAGGAUUCUAGCAUAUGGUGUGGGCUUGUAGAACGCUGUGAUUCAAGUAGCAGCCCCGUGACAUACAGGGAAGGCAGCGCCAGGCCCAGCAGCUCUCUGAAUCCGAAGGCGAGAGGCCUUGGGAAGGGUGGGUGGUGACCAGUGGGCACCUGAGGCAUUGGUACCUCACCAUCUCAGCAAAGACCAGGGGCCCGGAGCCUCAUUUGUGUGAAGAAAGGAGCCCAGUGUCCCAUGAGCAGAUGUGCACCCAGCUCCACGCCUGUCCUUCAUGUUUGCCUCUCACAGGUCAGUUACCCAUCGCCCUCCAGAGGGUUCCCAAACUAGUACCUGCCACCGAUCCAGAAGUGAGAAUCCCAUUCCACCACAACAGCUCCUCCCAGCUGGCCCAGGAAUGACUUGAAAUCAGUGUUCCAAUUCGAGUUGGGUCACUUGGUUGUACCAUGAACCAUUGAGUGACUGAGACAUAAAUCUUUGAUCAGAGCCACGAAUCUGCCUCAGAGGUGCUGGCUGCUCUCAAAGCCAUCCAUUAUCAGGGAGGGAGGAGUCACCACCCCCAGCCACCCUCACCCAGAUUGGAUCCCUAGCUGGCAAAGGACCACUUCGCUGAGGCCCCUGCACUUGCAGAGUUCGCAUGUCGAGCCCUCCUGUCCCUUCCCAGAUGAGUGCCAUAGCUCUCGAAAGGACUCAAAAGACGAGGCUCCUUCUAGAAUCUAGAAUGAGGACACCCAGAGCACUGCAAUUUGAGGACCUGAAUCAUCAGAGAGCAAUGCAGUGUCAUUCAAGUAAAACUGUGCCUUUUAAAAAAGAAAAACAAAUGCAAAUGUAUAGCAAAUGCCUAAACUUGAACCAUUUCCUAGUGCCUUGCUAGACAAAUGUACAGGGGUGGGGCAUGGGAGGGGAGUGUUUGGUGGUGCGGGCAGUUCCCGUUGGCUGAGUGUGUGUCUAAUUGUAAACAGGAGAUGUCGGACCCAGGCUGAGGUCUGAGAUUGAGUGGGCCCCUGUCAAGGGCAGAAGCCAGAGUUGUCCCCAUCAGGGAAGGGACAUUUCAAAUUAAGCAGCAAUAGCAUCUUUAGCCCAUGGCCUCAAAGGGCCUCAGAAGCCCGAGAGAAAACUGUGAGGUCUCUUGCAAGCCCCCUUUGGGGUGACCACUGUGGUUUCCCAUAUCAAGCCCCAAACAGUGUACCACCCACCCUUCACAGGUUAAGAGGCGCCGUGUGCUGGUUAGAUUCCCAGAGGGUCCCACUCCAAACAGGUGGCAGUGUUCUCAGCAAGAUCAGGAUUCCUGUGGCCUGCAGGAGCCAGGCCCGUCCUCUUCCCUGUCCUCUGGUUCUCCUUUCUGUUCUGGUUCACACCGUCAGCAGACGUGGGUGUAUCCAUGACCUCUGCUGUUUGUCACUGCGAGUUCUCAGAAGGCCCUGACACUAGACCGUAUAGCAGGGAAAGGACAGGAUUUUGUUGUUCAGAUCUGUUGACUGAUUGCCAAUACUAAGCCCCUCAUUUUGACCUCAUUUUUGGAAAUCACCUUUCUCGAGGAUUCAGGUCUUUGCUCACUUCCCCGCUGAUACUCAGUAAAACUCAGCCCGGAGCCUGUAGAGAUGCUACCAGCCAAGUGACAGGUGAGAGUAUAGGUUCCUUUUCCUCAAAAACUCACUGAGAGGAAGUCACAAAACUGAGUGUGACUAAAAAGUGUUGUGACCACGUGACCCACCUUUCCAAAGGCGUCCUCCGGAAACAUUCCGACGCGAAGAAUAUUUGUUGUAAGUGUAAGGCCUUUGGAAACACCUGGAUUUGCAGGUGCAUACAUGAAAAAUGUUCUAUCUUGUGCCUCCAGUUGGAGCUUUUGACUUUGAAAACAGUCCGGCAUUUAUGGAUUCUUCCCUUCAGGAAGAAGUAGCUCAGGGGCAGCAGGGGGAAUAUCCGCAGAAGAGAUCUGAGCAGGAUGCUCAGGCCAGGAAGAAAUGCAGCCCGUAGAUUUCCAAAGUCUGCACUCCAUUCACUUCAGACCUCCUAUCUUUUGAAAGUUUUUUUCAGUUUAAGAAACAACUGAUGUCCUUGACACUGGCUUCCUGUUUCUUUCUGUGUGUCUCCAUUAUGCCAGUCUCUUGAGCAUCAAAAGAAUAGCAAAGCACUUAGCAUAGUAACCGAGAAGUUGGGAUUCCUGGCUUCCAGGGCCCCUGUUUGUGUGGGCUGGGCGAUCUGGCAUAAUUCCUAGAAAGACGAGAGUGGACGAGGGGUGAGGACUGCCAUUCUGUUCUGGAAUCCUUUAACCCCGAUGCUUUGUAAAACUCCAAGUCAUGGUUUAGCCUCAACCUGAUCUUGAGCCAAGGCCCACGGCCACCUCUGGGUGAGUGGGACCCAAUGAGGUCACCGUAAAUGCACGCGGAAUGGCUUUGGUCCCACCGUGCAGGUCAGCACCCUGCUCUCUUGCUGGCUUGAAGGCCAGGGCCCUGGGCACUGCAAGUGGGGGAUCUUGGUGAUUCAAACGGGAAUGGAGUACAGAAAGCUGAAGCCCACCAACCUCUCCUCCGCCUGUGAAAGCGAGCCUCUGUGAAGAAGUGACUUCUGUGUGUAACUGUGACUGUGACCGAUGAUAAGUAAACUUUCAGACUUUCUCUAA